CUGUCUGUCCGCACCCGCACUCGUCUCAUCGUCAUGCGGCACAGUUAUUCGAUAUGAUGUACAUCGAGCAAGCUCACCGACUGCCCGCCCUGCAGGUGCCCCCGCGCCCGCCAGGCCGCUGCAGCCCUGCACCUCCACGACGCGCGCUCGAUGAGGUCGAUCAUCUCUGGCCACAACAUUGGGUGCAACUUGACUCUCCUAAACGGGUAACCUCCCGUCGCCUCAUCUGGCCCGUUGAGUUGGAAUCCAUCUGUCAUUGA